AGGAAAAUCGGGAGGAAGGCAGUGUAUGCCGGAUAACUCCGCGAUCGCGCUACAAUCAUGUGAUCGGAAGUAGUAUAUGGCCCGAGCAGGAUUUCUUCCGCCUUUAUCGAUUGGUUUUUGUUACCAGGGAAGACUGAGACCUUUGGGGAAGCAUUGAUUGAUCAGAUGCGUCAUUAACAAGGUCACGGAUGACACACUGGGACACAAGGGCCAGCCAUUCCACCAUUCUCUCUGAGAAUGAGCAAGCUGUGGGGCUUCCACAACAGUGACCUGGAACAGAGCCUUCCUGCCAUUGCUUCCUCACUUUCGCACAGUCAGGGCUUGUCCACCCUCUGUUACUUACGGGAGAGGAGGAGAGUCAUUUCGGAUGUGCGGCGGACGUUCUGCCUCUUUGUGACCUUCGACCUUCUCUUCAUCUCACUCCUCUGGAUAAUUGAACUGAACAUUGGGAAAGGUAUCCAGGACAAUUUAAAGGAAGAAAUUAUCAGCUACAGUUUUCAAACAUCCUUUUUUGACAUAUUCUUAUUAGCCUUUUUCCGGUUCUCAGUGCUGCUCCUUGGAUAUGCUGUUCUUAGGCUCCGCCACUGGUGGGUUAUAGCGAUCACUACACUGGUGUCCAGUGGCUUCUUAAUAGUGAAAGUUAUCUUCUCUGAUCUGCUAAACAAAGGAGCCUUUGGCUACCUUCUACCCAUCGUUUCCUUUGUCCUGGCCUGGCUUGAAACAUGGUUUCUGGAUUUUAAGGUCUUACCCCAAGAGACUGAGGAGGAAAAAUGGUACUUGGCAGCCCAGGCUGCUGUGGCAUGUGGACCCUCCCUUUAUUCAGGGGCAGUCUCAGAUGGCCAGUUUUACUCCCCUCCAGAAUCUGUUGCAGGAUCAGAUGACUCUGAUGAAGAGCUUAUGGGAAAGAGGACGUUAACUGAUGAGGAGAGAGAAUAUGUUCGGCAAGGCAAAGUAGCAAUGGAGAUGUUAGAUCAGAUCCUAGCGCAAGAAGAGAACUGGACCUUUGAGAGAUGCAACGAGUUUGGCGACACAAUUUGUUCCUUUGAAGUGCCGUACCAUGGCAGGAUUUUCAUUCUAAAGGCAGUUUUACAGUGUUCAGCUGAAAUAAUUUACCAAGAGAUGAUUCUCCAACCAGAAAAGAUGGUCCUGUGGAAUAAAACCUUGUUAGCAUGCCAGAUCUUGCAACGGGUUGACGAUAACACAUCUAUAUCCUAUGAUGUGGCAGCUGGUGCCGUGGGCGGCGUUGUAUCCCCAAGGGAUUUUGUGAAUGUGCGUCGGAUUGAGAGGAGGAGAGACCGGUACAUUUCAUCAGGGAUGGCAACAGUCCACAGCUCACGCCCUCCUACCUCCAAAUAUGUCAGAGCAGAGAACGGUCCAGGAGGUUUUGUUGCCCUGCGGUGCCCCACCAAUCCUCACCUCUGCACCUUGAUCUGGAUACUAAACACAGACCUCAAGGGUCGGCUUCCCCGAUACCUCAUCAACCAAAGCUUGGGUGCCACUAUGACAGAGUUUGUUUUCCACCUGCGCAAAAGAGUUAUGGAGGUCACAGCAAGGUCAUAAAUUCUCCAAAUUCUUUGCUCUGACAUUGUUUGCUUAGAGCCCAAUAAGGUCCAAAGAACUGGAGUCUCUGUUCUUCCUGUCAGAGGAGAUCAUAGCUCAUGGCUGACCUUCAGAGUAAUGAAGAAGGGCCUUUUGCCAUGUCUUCAGGAUGUCGAACAAUUAAAGGGCUGAAGAAGAUCAAAUGGUAAAAGGGAGAUGUGACAGCAGGUGAUUCAAAUCAGAACAAAUCGGAGAGAAGCACCAAGGUGGCAUCUUCAAGUGUCUUGCGGAUGAUCAAAGCUAAUACUGCUAUUACAACAUGAGCCUUUCCUGGCUUAGGAUGUGCCAAAUUUCUUCUUGAAGGCACUUCCAGAAUCUUACCUCUGUAGUCCUGUGUCUGUCUUUUGUUGCUGGUUCUCCACCACCGCCUCUUCUUGGAUGUGAUCGUAUUGAUUCAGACUUUGUCCUUAAAUUCAUCCAAAUGCCUUCCAUAGCCAAGUAUCACUUAACCCUGUAUAUGCAAUGAUUGGCUGAACUGCAGCAAGCUAAGCCAGGCCAUUUUUCAAGCUGGCAAUGCCCACCUUCCUGAAAGACUCUGCGCUUAGCAAAGCUGAAGUUGCAUCUUGGAGUGUAUGCAUGAGAUUUGGAUGUCAUAUCCUUGAAGACAUGACUGCUAGAGGAACUAAAAUCUGCUGCGGCCUGUUAAGAACUUCGAAUUCAGUGGCACACAUCUCUGCUGAACAUACUACUGACCCAGUUUGAUCAUGUUAUCGUUCUAGUUUCUCCUUUCAGUAACAGAGACUGAAAUGAUCUUGUCUGCCAGACUAAAUUGCCCCUUUUACAGUGACUGACAUUUUCUGGAAUUAAUUAUGAUUUUCCGUCCUACUAGAGUAGACCAGAAAUCUUUGUAAUUGAAGCCCAGAUCCAUAAUCUAUGUCAGUUUAAGCACUUUUCAUACACAGGUAGGGAAGCCAAGGUACUGGUGAUACAAGGAAGUAGUCAACACAUUUGGAGUGCACCAGGUUGCGGGAGGCUGGCCUAAGUGCAAUAUUCCUGACACAACUAAUCUGCUGGGUUCACACAUGGAAAAAGGAAGGAGAAUUCAUUGCAGAGGAGGGGAAAUGAAGACUGGGUUGAGAUUGGCAGGUUUGCACCAUGAGAAAGCUGUUGUGCUGCUAGGAUGGCAUAAAAGAAAAAAAAUCUACUGAGUUAUAGCUUUUGCCAUGACAAAUGAUGUGGCACAAAAGCAUGUGAUGGUGUUCCACCUGUCUCUUUGCUACUAGCCUGCACCUAGCCACCUUCACUAGACUGCACUUCGGAAGAAUAAUUAUCCACCAUCCAGAAUCAUUGGUCCAAAUAUCUGCCAUCUUUCAAAGUGUUGAACAAAUAGGCAUCAUGUGGGAGAUGACUCCGUAAACAAUUCACAUGUUUUUAAGACUUCAGAAUCUUGGACUAAUCAAAAACUCUGUUCAAAAAUAUUCCACAUCAGGUAUCUUGGUCAAGCAACCUGUUUGCCCGGCUUAUUUGACAUUGGGGUUACAGAAAUGUCUGCCGAACCUUUUCUUGCAGCCUUUAGGGCAAUUUGCUUCUCAGCACUUGAGAAUACUUGGCAUGCUGCUUUCCCACCCACUGCCCUGAAAGGCCCUGCUCCCUCCCUUCCAGCAAGUUCCUUCUCUUGCACUUGUAUGUCUUGCAUCUUAGAGCUUCUAGCAAGUGGAGUCCCUCCAUCUGGUUAGGGUGGGUGGGCCAUGCAAGAAGCUGCACAGUUUGCUUUCCAGACAUCAUGAUGGACUUCUAGGAAUGGGAAAGUGCUUUUUUUGUUUUUUUAAUAUUUUUCCCUUGGUUUUGUUUUGAGUCUUGUGAUUCAGAGCAUUUGACUCUCAGGAUGUUUUAUUAUAUUUCAUGCCAGCAAGAGAGAUUAGCAGGGGACCCCAUUCUAAGAAGCAGCCAUUAAUCUUGUUAAAAGCGCCUUGGAUUGUUUAUAAGCGUUUCAAACGGACCAUGAAGAGAGACUUGACUGUGAAUCUAAUGCACAGAACUAUUUUCUUUAACAUGUGUACGGGGGUGGAUGUCCACCCCUCAUUUAAAAAGCCACUUGAAUAACACAUUUGCCUUUUGCAUUAAAUCUUUUGACUCAAUCUAAUAAAAUGUAACAGAACUUC